AGUCUCCCAGUAUUAUGCAUAUUUGCUUUCUCGGGUGUAAGCAAACUUGACAGGCCGCUGUUUGCUUCCUCCUUUGCGUCACUUUGUGGCUGCCGCUUCUUCAUUCUGUUCGUUUCCUUCAAAGCUGUCCCUUCUAAUGGAAUCGAUCAUCUCGUGUGACAACAUCCACAAGACGUACCUCAUCGGCGUUGAGGGCGUACCUGCGCUGCGCGGCGUGGAUGUGGAUAUCAAUCAGGGCGAGCUGCUCGUGGUGUAUGGCACCAGCGGUGGAGGCAAGAGUACUCUUCUCAACGUUCUUGGCACGAUCGACACUCCGACAAAGGGAAAUUUCUUCCUAUUCGGAAACCGUGUAACGGACCAAACGCCAGAUUCUGAGCUUGCUGCGCUGCGGUGCAAGCGAAUAGGCUUUGUCUUUCAGUCGUUCAACCUCAUCUCAACCAUGGAUGCUAUUGAGAACGUGUCUCUUCCGAUGAUGAUCAAAGGGACGUUGUCCAGCUCCGAAAUCAAGAAACGCGCAGCGGCAUUGUUGGAAGAAGUAGGACUCGGUCACCGACUUCAUCAUCUUCCUUCGAUGUUGUCCGGUGGUGAGCAGCAACGCGUCACCAUCGCGCGAGCCCUCGCUAACGAGCCGGAGAUUCUCUUUCUGGAUGAGCCGACGGGUGAUCUUGAUACGAAGAACACUCUCCUCAUCAUGAACAUCUUGUUGAAACUCAACACGGAAUGCGGGCUCACCAUGGUGAUGGUCUCCCACGACGUGUAUAUGAAGCAGUACGCGCAUCGUGUCAUCUAUAUCCGCGACGGAAAGGUUCACAACACCGAGACAGUUCACGAAGACGUUCGCCGACGAGCGUGGAGUGAGUUGCAGGACGCUCUCAAUAAGGCACGUAGCGGCGUUGAAAACCAGAAAACUGCCAUAAGCGUUCAGCGCAAUCCACAGGAUUACGCAACGUUCUCGGCACAGUGUCCGCUUAACCUAGACGAAGAUCCUGACAUGCAGCAGGUUGUGGACGUGCUUUUUGGACCACAGCUGUAG